GGUCUUCGUUAUUUCGUCGCUCCUGGGCUUCAAGCGUAAAUCUCUCGCUGCACUCUUCUUCAGUUCAUCAUCUCCGGAGCCCUUCUAAAUUUUCUAUUAAAAAAAAAGAAAAAAGAAAAAAGAAAAAGGAAAACCAAAUCGCCAUGGCGCUCUCUAAAUCAUGGCGAACUCGCUAUCUCUUCUACGCCUCUCUCAUCCUCAUCAUCCCUUUCCUCCUCUCAGUACUCGACCUCCAUCGCGAUGGGAUCUCCGACGGCCCGAAGCGAAAGAUCCCAAAGAAAUCGGAUCACCUCAUCCUCGGCCCCGCCGCAGGGCAGGGCUUGCCUAAUCGCCUCCAAUGCAAAGGGCUUAAAGCUGUGAACAUGGAUGAUGCUUCGAGAUCGCGAGGAGCGAUUAGUGGAAGUGAUGCCGUUUCCUUUGUCACUGUUUUUACUGUCUACAAUGGCAGUGUGAGAUCGGAACCGACUAGUUUGGUGACGGUCGGUAAUGUUUCAUAUAGCAAAGAAGAGAGAUCUUUGGCGAUACUUCAUACUUUUGUGGACUUCAUACAGGUGUCAAUGCCAAAAAGCAGUGUGAUCAUAUUGACUGAUCCUGCUUCCCACUUUUCAGUGAAGAGAAAUAGUGCAUCAUUGUUGCCUAUAGAAGGAGACUAUUCUCGGGGACGGCUGAUGCUUCAGAGGAUCAAAUCUUACAUUGUGUUUUUGCAUAGUAGGCUUGAGCAGCUUCAGAAGGCAAAGUCAGUUAGUCAUUAUGUUUUCACUGAUUCAGAUGUUGCAGUAGUAGAUGAUCUUGGGCAUAUAUUCCAAAAGUAUCCACAAUUCCACUUGGCUCUCACUUUCAGAAACAAUAAAGAGCAGCCUCUGAAUUCUGGUUUUAUUGCAGUGAGGGGCACUCCAGAUGGAAUUCUUAAGGCAAAGAUCUUUCUACAAGAAGUCCUUGAUGUGUAUGUCUCAAAAUAUAUGAAGGCUUCCCGCAUGCUUGGAGAUCAGUUAGCCCUUGCAUCAGUUGUAAAGGCUCAUUUACCAUUUGUUGCAAAAAAAUUUGGCAAGCCUGAAGCCUUUUCAAGUGAAGUCAAUGGUGUGUCUGUACUUUUUCUGCCAUGUGCUGUUUAUAAUUGGACUCCACCUGAGGGUGCUGGGCAAUUUCAUGGCAUGCCAUUGGAUGUACAGCAUGGUAUCAGAGCGAAGUUAUCGAUCCUAUAGAGCUCUCUUCUUAUUCUAGAUCUCGGGACAGCCAAGGGGUUUUGCCGCAAGCAUCGGCUAUGUGCUUCCCCUCGGCAGCAUUGACUUUAGUUGCCGCUUCGACACAUUGAUAUUUUCUUUUUUCAUCUAUUUAAGAUUUUCUGGUUUCAACCUUGCUGAAUAUCUUCGAUAAAAUUUGAUUCAAUCACCAUCAUCCUCUCUGUUGGUUGUUGUUUACGAAAUCAAUUACCCUCGCACCCGCCUAAGGAAUUGCUGCCUUCAACAUUGGUGUAUUUUGUUCUGGUGGUUUGCAUGCUUGGGGCUUGGAUAGUUUGAUAGGAUUUUUGGCACUUGAUUUUCUAUUAGUGCUUGGUUUUCUAUUUGAUGAAUUAUUUGCAACAAGUUAUUGUCUUCCUCGCAAUCGAUCGGCUGGUUGAGAACUUGAGAUUGUAUUUAAAAUUUGCACUCACGCCCAACCAAGCGAGUAUACCAACCAAAACCACUUGCUUUUGCAAGCUUUUGCAAUUUGCACUCAAAUCAAAUCAACUUUUUAUUGAGCCAUUAUAUGUGGUGUGCUUGUCUCAUUAACAUAGUCUCAUUCACAUAACUAAUGUCUUCUCGAACAAAUCUCGUUUUUUUAUAUAUCAGUGUUAUUCUAGCACCUAUAUUGAUCUCAUCUUUGGUGCUCUUAUGUACCUACUUUGUUUUCUUCGAAUCUCAGCAUAGUCUUCAACCAACAUUGGAGUUUUGUACCGUGUAUGGCACGGUCUUUUAUUUCGCUUGCAAGAAUCUUUUUAUUUAUGUUGCUCGCGAAGCAUCGUUAACUUUUAUUGCUCGCGAAUCUUUUUUUGUCGUCAUUUGCAGAGCCUUUAUUUCUCUUGGUGUUGUUUUGGUCUUUAACCUAUUGUUGAUAUGAUCGUGUUCACUUCAAUCACUUUUAUGUUGAUAUGACCGAUAUACCAUGAGGGGGAUAUUGUUCAAGUCUUUUUGUUUGGGCAAGCUAUCAUCAAUUAUUGAUCUGACGAAGAUACUAUGAGUCUAUGACAGAAAAGUUAUUCAACUCUUUUUGGUACAAUAUUUGCUUCGUUAACCACUACGCUUCAGCUUUAGGAGGAAUAUUGGAAGAUUCGGAAGAUUCAUUGCAUCCCAUGUUAUUUGUUGGGUUUAAUAAAGAUGUCUAGAUUCAAUGUCGUAGUUAACUAUAGUACCUCUCUAUUUAGGACUUUUCUUUAGUAUAUAUUUACUUUUCUUGUUAGAGUUUACUUUUGUAGAUAUUCCAUAAAAUGUAUAAGUAUGGGUUUUGCUUCUUCCUCAUAAUCAAUGAGAAUAUAAUUUUCCUCUGUUUCUUUUAGUUCAGCACCCUCUUCCCUCUCACCCAAAAAAAAAACUCUUUUCUACAACAUCUCUUAUAUCCACCUAUUCAUACCUCCUUUCUCUUAUGCCUUUGUGUUUAAUCAAUAAAAUGAAUUCCCAACUGUUUGAUUUAAGCAUGGCUAUUGGAAAAGUUCUUUUUUUCUUUUAUUUUUUUGAUAACCAAGCCCGGAAUCGAACCUAGGACCGUGGAAGCCAUAUUGGAACCUGCCAACCAUUCAGGUUUCCCGCCAUGGGCAAAAAAAGAACGAAAAGAAAUUUUGAACAUGGAGACAACAGGAAGGAUAUGGUUAAAAUAGGAAGAAAGUCAAGCUCUAUAAAUUUUUAGGAAUGGUUCAUAUUUAAAGAGCACAUGCUAAUUCAAGGGACUUAUUUGAAAGAAUAUUUUGAAGGAUUUAAUCGCCAGUCAUGUAUUUGAGGCUCUUUUCGAAGUAUAAUGUAUGAUUUGAGGUACUUUUUAAAUAAAAAUUUGGCAUUGAGCUUGGCUAAUGAAAUUGGCUUAUGGAAAGUCCCAUGUUCUAAAAGUUCUAUGUUUUAUGUUAAAAAAAGGGAACUCUUUUUUUUUUUGUGGUUCGGAUAUGUAUUUGACUAAUACCUUUUCAAGGAUUAAUCGAGUCAGCAUGUUAUAAAUCAACUGUAUUUUUUAGUCUCUUUCGGCAUGGUUUUGUAACUCUUCAUAACGCGUUGCAAUCUUAUUUAGGUUGUUCAUUUCAAGGGAUCGAGAAAACGACUAAUGUUGGAAUCUUGGAACUUUUACAAUACAACAUCCAAACUACCAGAUAUGCUGUGCCUUGUACUAAAGAGUGGAAGGACAAAG